AUGAAUGUCUAUCUUGUCCAAGGUCUAAAGUCAAAUUUGAUCAGUGUCAGCCAACUAUGCGAUAAAGGUUUGAACAAGCUAGAAUGUAAAGCCAUUGAUGCUGACGGAAAGGCAGUUCUACGAGGAGUUCGUUCAGGCAACAACUGCUACAUGUGGGAUCAAUCUGCAAAAUGCCUAAGUGUGCGAGAUGAUGUUGAACUGUGGCAUAAGCGAUUGGGACACAUGAAUAUUCGCCAUCUUACCACUCUGGUGAAUAAGGAGAUUGUUCGUGGUGUUCCAAAACUGAAAGGAUGUGAGAAAAUCGUGUGUGGUCCAUGCAAUCAAGGGAAACAAGUGAAGGUCCAGCACAAGAAGGUGCCAGAUGUACAAUCCAAGUCAGCACUGGAUCUAGUUGAUAUCUUGCGUCUAAAGACGUUCCAGGGAGAGCUUUGGUCACAUGGACCAACAACAGGCGAAAGCAGGCAAAACGGAGAGAAGAGGAGCUCGAUCGAUCUCCUACACAGCUCGAUCGACCCAAUGCUCUACAACCAGCUCGAUCGACCUCGUGCGAGACGAGCUGAGUCGAUCGACCCUCAUCAUGCAGUACCAGCUCGAUCGAUCUGCCUUCUGGUACACCCACUCGAUCGAACCCAUGUGCGCCAUGCAUCAUUUGAUCUCAGCCGUCCAAUCUGUGUCGCGUCGAUCGAUCUCACCGGUUCGAUCGACCCCGGUUUUGUCAUCUUAAACCGGAUUGAACCGAACUCGACCCUGGAGCUAUUUAGACCUAUUUUCAGCCAUUGUUUAGGCUACGCCGUUUUUCAGAGUGUUUCAUUGUUUCUAGGGAGAAGAAUCGAACCUAUUGUUUUCACAGUUUGGAGAAGAUUUCUGAACCCUUUGUUUUGCUAUUUUCUUAUUUGA